GCGAGACCCCGCGCGGAUUGGCCGUCCUGCGCAGCGAGCGCGCCGGGGCUGGUCUGGCAUCCGAGCACCACCCGCUCCUGCAGCCGCCAGGUAAAGGCGUCUGCGCCCUCCGCUCCAGACCCUCCGCGGGCAGCGUCGCCACCUGCAAAGAACAGCUGCCUGCUUCCCCCUGGAGAGGAGGCUCCCCCAUCCCCGAAGGAGGCAAAAAGAUGGAUUCUAGAACUCAGAUGAAGGCCAACUGAGAGAAAUUCCACCAUCUGUGCAGUUGUCUCCAAGCUCAGACCAGAGGACUUUUGACUUUUGAAGACUAAGGCGAAACAGAAGUUAAAAUGUUCUUCUGGAAAGAACAGAUCUUGACUUACACGUUUGUAAUUAUUUUUUGCCUCACACUAAGGCUGUCCACCAGCCAGAAGUGUCCCACUGAGAGCCUGGAAGAUGUCGUCAUCGACAUCCAGUCAUCUCUUCCUAAGGGAAUCAGAGGCAGUGAGCCCAUACACACAUUAACUCAAGAAGACUGCAUUAACUCUUGCUGUUCAACUACAAACAUAUCAGGCAACAAAGCAUGUAAUUUGAUGAUCUUCGACGCUCGGAAAACUACCAGACAACCCAAUUGCUACCUAUUUUUCUGUCCCAGUGAGGAAGCCUGUCCAUUGAAACCAGCAAAGGGACUUAGGACUUACAGGAUAAUCCGAGAGUUUCCAUCUUUGGCCAGAACUGAUGUGUGGCCACCAGCUGUCACCCCCACACCCCCUCCUCUGGGGGACUCUUCAAAGCCCACUGAUUCCUCUCAGGGAGAUGUGUUUCCUGGGAAGUUUGGAUCCUCAGAUCACGUGGAGACAAUACUUGAGAUGCAGCAAGUAAGCACACAGUUCCCUGUUUAUGAAGAAAAGGGUCAUUCUCAGAGUUCACAGUUUCUCCCAGAACAAAAAACAGCUUCUCUGCUGCCUGGAAAUGUGACCACACUCCCCACUACCAUGGCUACUGCUGCUCCACACACCCCCUCUGCCACUUCUGAGCCUGCAGCUCUCCCCUCCACCAAUGCUUCAGUGAUACCUUCUGUGAUUCAACCACAGGUGGCCAGCACAUCUCCACUUGUCACAACAGUCACCACCCAGCCAUCCACUGCCCUCAUUUCCACACUUUUGCGACACGCAAUGGUUACAACCCAGAUUAGUGUGACAACAACAGCAGUUCCAACUACCACCUUCCAGGGGCCUACAGACUCGAAAAGCCCCCCAGAAUCGGUGCCCUUGACAGAAACCUCCAGUCUCCCGGUGAGCGCAGGGAAUGCCCCUGAGGCUGCUUCUCCUCCUUUGUCAAAUGUAUCAAAUGGAGCUCCUUCUGCUGUGAAGAAAACUGCUUCCAGGGAAGAUGGGGAUGUUCUCAGAGGUUCCUUGCGGAGCAGCAUUCUGGAAGGUCAGUUUGGCCUUCCUCUGGAGAAGUGGCUUCUCAUUGGGAGCCUGCUAUUCGGGGUUCUCUUCCUGGCCAUAGGUCUGGCCCUCUUGGGCAGAAUGCUCCUAGAAUCCCUCCGCAGGAAGCGCUAUUCCAGACUUGAUUAUCUGAUCAAUGGGAUCUACGUUGAUAUCUAGGGGUAAAACAAGGACUCAGCUCAUUUAGAACUAGCAGCCCAAACACAGUGAAUUUCUGCUGACCUCCAUUCUCAGCAGGGCUGUUGAAGUAUUUUGAAGACAGACAAGUACCCCUUCCCUCUCCCCUUUUUUUGAGGAGGUGGAGGAAGAGGAAGCAAAUUAGUUAAUUUGAAUCAUCUGCUGAAAGCAAAACUCUCCUAAAGUAAUAAAGUACAAUUGCCAUAUAAAUUGGAAAAUGAGUGGCUCUUUGAAAAAUAAGGGGGGGGGGGGGGCUAGGGUUUCCAGAUUUAAGUUCCUUGAUAUUUCUGGUUCCAGAUAGAAUCAACUGUUUAUGAUAUGAAUUCUAAUGAAUUUACUUUCCUUUUUAUAUGAAUUCCAACAAAACUUCUUCCAGAUGUAUUUCCUUCCAAUUAAACGUUUGAAUAAAUCUUUUGUUACUCAAUAAUGUUCUUAACGGGCAUGUCCUGCUGGACAAGUUUCAUUUUAUUCCCACCAGCAAAAUGAUUAAGUGAUGAAAAUAUGUGUCCCAAGUUAAAAUGACAGCCUCCUCCUCUUCCCGUCACUGAGUGAAGAGGUUCCUUUGGGAGAAUUUUAACUGAAUCUCAGGCCUACAUGAGGACGAUAAGUCAGUUCUGAUAUACAGCCAAAUCGCCUUUGGGUUGGUUCUAGUUAACUAUUUUUUUUUUUUGUCUUAAAAAAAAGGAAUAUAGGCAUUUCCUAAACUUUGCUAAAUUUAAAAUGUAACA